CUACAGUCUGAGUAAUUAUGUGUAUGUGGCAGUCAAAAUCCUCUUAAGAAAGGUGACCAUUAAACAUUUAUUUACUGGAACAAUUUUUGGCAAGGCAUGAUGAUGUUAACAACAUGCAUGGUUGGUUCCAGAAACUCUUGAAAUCAAGAGUAUCUUUAUCAGCACAACGUGAACAAGAGGCAAAAGUGACAGAAAACUCAGUGUCGUCUGUGAGCAGUCAGUCAUUCUGUGCUUCAUCAUCAUUACCAGGGACAACCCCUUCUAAACCACUACAGCCACAGUCUGCUCUGAGCUCGCUGUUGCGAUGGAGCCGAAAGUAUGACGUGUUUGUGUGCCACAGCUCUGUGGACAGCGACAUUGAAGAGGCUGGACGCCUGGUUUCUUUCCUGGAGGCUGCACCCCGUGGCCUUAGGUGCUUUCUACUGCAGAGGGACGACUGUCCAGGAGGUGCAAUUUCCACAGAGCUAUGCCAGGCUGUGCAGAACAGUCACUUAUGGGCUUUGCUUAUCACUCCUAACUUCCUGCAGGAUGAGUGGUGCAAGUAUAUAAUGCACCAGGCUCUGGCAAUGGGGCCCAUGUCCAAUCGUAUUAUUCCCCUGGUUCAGAACCUGUCCCACUCUCAGUAUCCUCAGGAACUAAAGUUCUACAUCUACAUUGAUCUGAGCAAGAACCCUGACGGAGGAUAUAAACUCCUCACCAAGACUGUGCUCAAGUACCUGGGAUGCCUGAUUGACAAUGAAAAGACACUUGAUUGUAACGUGGACAGCUCUAGCAAUGAACUAAGUGGAGAAGGUAGCUCUAAAAAAGACAAGCUGUUGUCAAAGUGUGACCCAGCUGAGACUUCAUUUCCGCUGGAAGUAAUAAAGAAGAGCGGAGAAAGCUUCAUUGACAUUUGUUGUGAUCAUUAUCAACAGUAAUUAAAGUCUGCGAUGAAGGGCAAGGGGCUCUGAAUGGA